AUGUCGGCUCCCCCGGGCGACCCAAUGGAUAUCACCUCCAGCAACAGCAACAGCAGCAGCAACAGUAACAGCAAUAGCAUUAACAACAACAACGCUACCAUGGCAGCUCCAAGUAAUUCGGAUUCCCUACCGCCGCCCAAGAGCCCGGUCGAGGAUACAUUAAACGCCCAGGCAGCCCCCAAUGGCCGACCGCAACUGUCAUCCGCAAACGAUCAGUUGUCUCCCGAUAACAUCAUCAUGCCAGCACCGGCUGCCGCUGCCCCCGCGGUUCACCAGCCCAAGAUUGUUCAGACGGCCUUCAUCCAUAAGCUAUAUAACAUGUUGGAGGAUAAAUCGCUAACAGCCAGCAGUCAAUACUUUAAACAUACCAACAUUUCCUCCUUCGUUCGCCAGCUCAACAUGUACGGAUUUCACAAAGUGAGCGAUGUCUUCCACCAUGGAGCUCCAGACGCCACCAUUUGGGAGUUCAAGCAUGGCAACGGCAACUUUAAACGCGGAGACCUGGUCAGCUUGCGGGAGAUUAAGCGUCGAGCUUCUCGGCAUUCUCUGGUACAUAGAGAGUACAGCAACAAUCAGAAGGCUCCGCCAUCACAACCAGGUACCCCGGCCGAGCCUAUGCCUCCCAUGCAGGAAGUUCAAGGAGGAGAUCCUCGGCUGAACAAUAUCGAGCAUACUCUAUAUGAUCUCAGCACUCGACUUCAGCGGCAUGAAGAGAACGCCCAGUUUAUGCAUAUCAAGCAUCAGGCCAUUAUGGACACGGUAUCGCGUUUGCUUCAGUUCAACCAUGACCUUUCCCGGGCCGUUCUUGCUCUUGCUCCUUCUCCUGACAACCCGAUACACCACGACGUAUCGUCUUUGCAAGGGCAGGUUCAGCGCCAGAUGGAGGAGUUCCGCUCGCUGGAUGAGCCUCACGGGUCGGUCUUCGCUAGUACGCGUCCUUACUUUUCCAAUGUGGAGAAUGCCCCCGUAUCACCGCGGCAGAUGCCCCAAGACGACCCGCGAAGAUCUGGCUCUACUUUGACGGUUCCCGGUCAACCACCUCGGCUUCCAACUUACAACAAUUAUCGUCCUGCCGUCCCUUCAAACCUGUCGAUAAGUACUCCGGGUCGUAGGCCGUUUGGCUCCACUAGCGGCAACUCGACAGGGACAUCGCCAUCUUCCCUCCGCCCGCACCCGCCGCCUCCACCUCCGCAUCCGCUGUCGAGCGUUGACCUGCACCCGGGCUUGGCUAGGAGACAUACCUCUGCUGACAUCCGUGCUGCCGGCUGGCAAGCCAACCCUCCUCCUCCUAACCCUCCUCCAACCUUCUCUGGCCCACCAUCCUCGCAAUGGCCUUCGUCGCCAAAUCGUCCUGGGUUGUCCGAAGACCAACGUAUUCGCGAUUCGUUUUCACACUACUCUCUGCAGUCUGCUUCGCAUCCUCGUUCCAGGCCAGCGUCGCCGCCGCCGCCUCCGACCUUCUCUACUAACGGUGGAGGGGACACUUUUGGGAAUUGGUCUUGGAACUCGGCUGGCCGUGAUAACAAGAAUCUUUCGGUGAGGGAUCACUCGGCACCGCCCACGAGGAGAGGAAGCAUGGCCCAUAUCCUGAACCCAACCGAUACUGCGGAAAGAGACGACGAGGACGAGGAUCCCCGAGGCGAUGAAGACCGCAAACGAAAACGUCUAAUCUGA